AUGGAUUGGUUAAGUAAAUAUGAAAAUUCUACAGAAUUAUAUAAUGAUGCAAAAUGUCGAUGGCCAACUAACAAAGAGAAUCCACCUGGUAGAUGGAUAUUAGCAUCGUUUGAUGAUGAAUCAAUAAUAGUCUAUCAAGCAUAUAACUCAAACAUUGCAAAAUUUGCCUGUGAGAAUAAUCGUUUUAGAGGAUGUCCUGGUUACAAUCAACAACGAAUGACAUGGAUAAAAACGAAUUUUCUUUGGAUGAUGUAUCGAUCUCAAUGGGCAACAUCAUCUAAUCAACAACGUAUUUUAGCAAUAUGGCUCCGACGUUCAGCAUUUGAUAGUUAUUUAGCACAAGCAGUACAUAGUUCACAUAAAGGUCUUCCUCAAGAUGAUGAACAAGAUUCGAAAAAUAAAACUCAUCAAGGAUUAAUUCGUUUACAAUGGGAUCCUGAUCAUCAUCCACAUGGCCAAUCAGUCAAUGGUCGUCGAGCUAUUCAAUUAGGUCUUAAAAAAAUUGAAAGUUUUCUUGACGGUCGGGAUAUUAUACGUAUUAUUGAUAUAACUUCAUUUGUUCAAACUCAAUAUAAUAACGCUGUUUUACCAAAAGAUCAACUCGAUCAACUUCGUGUUCCUAUUGAACGUAUUUAUGUACCAUCAGAUGAACAAACUCGUCAUCAUAUACAGUUAGAUGUGUGGACAGAACAAGAAGACUAA